AGAAUGACGUGAAUCACAUUAUUUGAACAAUUUGUAUAUCCAUUAUUUCCUAUACGAUAACUGUUAAAUAUUUGAAUAUGGAGUUUUAAAAAUAAAACCGACGAAGAAAUGCCAGAGGAUAAAUACUCUUGGAGAAAAAUCGGAGAAUGGAGGACACGAUACUCCAAGCUAUAUUCUACGCCGAGCAUAUCGCUAAAGUCCAAAGAAGAUGUUAGCCGUAUAUCAUUUAUGGGCAAUGAAAUCGACCCAUACGCAAUGCUUCUGCAAAAGAUGAGAUCCUUAGGGUUAAACGAGGAAUCCAAAUCGAAAGAAUCAUCAUCACAAAGUUUGUCAACUUUCGUAUCAGCACUUAAUGAGAUGUACGACUUGAAGAGAAACAGUGAACUUUUCCAGGACUUGGGUGUUCACGAUACGAUGCUGUUGAAUUUAGUUCGACAACAAAGUUCUGAAUUGAGAGAGUCACAAGACCAAACCAUAGAUUUACCGCGAGAACAUCAUAAUGACACCGAAAGUGAAACAACGGAAACUUGCAAUCACGGCAUGAGCAUUCGUAUGACGGACAGAAGCGUAUCACGUUCGAGAUUCUCCAGAGUAUCGACACGACGCGAUAUGGACAUCCCUUCGAUACUCGCACAUACAGCCAACAUUUCAGCACCGGAACCGCAACCGGGUCUACCGAUAUUCGAAAAAAAACCCUCCGUCCAUCCUGUUGAACUACCAAAGUGGUCUAUACGUCGCUCAGUCUGCCCCGUUUGCUCACAGAAGUGGAAAGAUAAAAGCUUCUUGAAGAACAUUAAAUACUCUGGACUGAAACGAAAUUCGUCUGUUUUAUUACCAUCUGUGGUGGCUCCAGCAAGACUUAGGACUAUCCGAGAAUAUGCACCCCGGCCCCUGUCUUCAGAAAUUAGAGAACUCAACUCAUCUCGCGGUUCUUUCCGCAACUCAAGUGGUUCCUGGCAAUUAGUUCGAGCUCGCCGUAUUCGAAUACCUAAAUCGCUUUUGCCUAUUGAAGAAAAAAAAUUAUCUAAUUCUAAUGUAACUCGCAGUAGAAUUAAUGUAGAACAACGACUGAAAAAGUUUUUAUCGAACAAUAAUGAAUAAAUUUUAUUUAAAUGUUA